CUCUGUGUAAAAAUGACAGACAUGUUGAAUGAUCCUUCGAAAGAAAUAAUUUAUCUGAAAAAAAAUAACCGAUUGUUCAAAAAAUUAGUCAAAGAAACUCAUUUCGACUUCGAUGAGAUCAAAGCUCUUGCAUUGAUACACUACAAAAUUUGUAAAGAAUACGGCCCGAUAACGAGAUCAAUAUUCCGCGAUAUUUUACACGCAGGAUUCGAUUUCACGGAAAAUGUACGUCAUUUAUUGAUGGACAGAAUUUUUUCGACGAUGACGAGCCAGAAUUCGCUUGGCCUAAAUUUAGAGCAGUGGAUAAAAGCUCUGUCGAUUUCGCUGCGAGGAACUCUGGAUCAACGGAUUAAAUCGGCUUUUCAUGUUUACGAUUCGCUUAUGACGGGAAAAAUAAGACGGGAGCAAAUAUUUUCAAAUAUGAGAGGCUGCUUGAUUGGAUUGGGUGACGAAGAUCAUACCGAGUCUCUCAAAGAUUUCGUGGAAAUGAUUUUGAAAAAUUUGGACAUCGAUCGUGACGGUCAUAUAAGCGAGUCUGAUUUUUCCAAGUCGGUGACCGACAAAGAUUUGCUGUUACUGGAGUGCAUGGGCCCCGUUUUUCCAUCCCGAGAAGCUAGACACGCGUUUUCGGUGACUUUCACCCCGAAAACUGCAAAUUUUUGAUUAUUUUGUGUAAUUGUAAUUGUAUUUUGAUAAAUAUAUAUUGUUUAGAGGAGAAAAUAGCAGCACAAAGGUUAUUUUCACAUCACUGGACCACCAAAUCAGACAGAAGAUAUCUCUUGAUGUAACAAAGUCUAUUAUAUGUAGACAUAAAAAGUGUAACGCUCCAUUUAUUUUUAAAUAAAACAUCGUUUGAG